AUGAGUCGUUCGAUUCAACUUCGUGAAAGAUCGAGUUGCAGACCCCGCUAUAACUUUGAUGAAUCAGACGAGGAAGAUCAAGUUAUUUUCCAUACAGAACAUGGAAAAUAUGCAGAAAAUGUGAAAGUUGAUGGAACUGAUGCCAAUGUGGGCGGCUUGGUUGAAGGUCUUCCUGGAAGCUCCCGUCAAAGGAAGCGAAAAGAUGAUUCUAACGAUUCAGUUGUUCUCCCUAGGAAACGAGGGAGACCUAGAAAAAACACUACGAAAUGUGAUUCAACUGACACUAAUGUUAAUAGUUUUGCUGAUCGGCUUCGUGAAAGAUCAACUAUAAAGAAGCCAACUUAUGUUCUUGACGAGUUAGAAGAAGAUGUAGAUAUUUUCCCCAGCACACAUGGGGACCCUACAGAAGGCAUAGUCAAAAUUGAAAGAAGUGACACUGUUAGCCCACUCAGUGGUAUUGAAAAGAUAUUAGAUUGUGAGAUGCGUCCUGUGCUGGCUGCUGAAAGUGAUGCACAAAAGUUGGAGUCGAAACAAAAUUCUGUCAAGCACUAUCUUUUGUUCACCAGUUACACCUUUUUUCUCUUUAGGGUUCCAGAAGAAGAGUUUUUGAAGGCUUUCAAGACUCAGCCAGGUCUAAAGAUCAGAAUAAACAGCUUCCAUCGUCGUAUCGAAUCAGCCAAGAAUUUUAACGAAGAUUUUGUUGCCAUUAGAUCCGAAUGGACUAUGGUUGAUAGAAUACUUGCUUGCAGACAAGGUCAUGCAGACGAUAAGAAGGCAUACCUUGUAAAGUGGAAAGAGCUCCCGUAUGACGAGUGCCACUGGGAGCUUGAAUCAGAUAUUUCUGCUUUUCAAGCAGAAAUAGAAAGAUUCAACAACUUUCAGUCUAGAACAAGGAGGGUUUUGGAUGCUUCUGCAUCAGAAAAUCUGCAGAAAGAAUUUCUUCCGUAUGAAAGCAGCCCCCAGUUUCUUUCAGGGGGUUCACUGCAUCCAUAUCAACUUGAAGGAUUGAACUUCUUACGAUUUUCAUGGUCCAAGCAAACUCAUGUUAUACUUGCUGAUGAAAUGGGACUUGGAAAAACCAUUCAGAGCAUUGCGUUUUUAGCAUCGCUCUUUGAAAGUAACGUUUCACCACACUUGGUGAUUGCUCCCCUCUCCACGUUGCGAAACUGGGAGCGUGAAUUUGCAACGUGGGCACCUCAGAUGAAUGUUGUUAUGUAUUUUGGAUCUGGCAACGCUCGUGAUUUGAUACGAGAGUAUGAGUUUUACUUUCCCAAGAACCAAAAGGGGUUCCAGAGGAAGAAAUCUAAACAGCUUGUUGAUGAAACCAAGCAAGGAAGAAUAAAGUUUGAUGUUCUUUUGACAUCAUAUGAGAUGAUAAAUUGUGAUUUAUUAGCACUAAAGCCCAUAAAGUGGGAGUGCAUGAUAGUUGAUGAGGGUCACCGUCUGAAAAACAAAAAUUCUAAGUUGUUUUCUUCGUUGACCCAACUUUCCAGCAAACAUCGUGUGCUUUUGACUGGAACUCCUCUUCAGAACAAUUUGGAUGAACUUUUUAUUCUGAUGCACUUCCUUGAUGCUGGAAAGUUUGGAAGUUUAGAGGAGUUUCAGGAAGAAUUUAAGGAUAUCAAUAGAGAGGAGCAGAUUCUGAGACUACAUAAAAUGUUGGCACCGCAUCUUUUGCGAAGGAUGAAGAAAGAUGUGAUGACAGAACUACCUCCAAAAAAGGAACUUAUUUUACGUGUUGAAUUAUCCAGUCUGCAGAAAGAAUACUACAAGGCAAUUCUGACUCGGAAUUAUCCGAUAUUAACCCGCCAAGCUGGUGUACAUAUUUCUCUUAUCAACGUUGUUAUGGAACUGCGUAAGCUCUGCUGCCAUCCCUUUAUGUUUGAUGGAUUUCAACCUGAUCUUAAUAUUAAUGAUGAAAAAGCUCCACUUGAAACUUUUACAGCUAAAGUAUUUAAUUUUCUUGAGUUUAAAGUCAUUAACAUUGACAUCUUUUGUUGGUUAAUAUUAAGGUUUUGUUACUAUUAUUAUUUUCUUUCUUUUCUGUUUCAUAGCCACUUGCUUGAAUCCUCCGGGAAGUUGCAACUGUUAGACAAGAUGAUGGUGAAACUUAAAGAGCAAGGUCAUAGAGUCCUUAUAUAUUCCCAAUUUCAGAAAAUGCUGGACUUGCUUGAAGAUUACUGCUGUUACAAUAAUUGGCAAUUUGAGAGGAUAGAUGGGAAGGUUGGAGGAGCUGAAAGACAAGUAAAGAUAGAUCGGUUUAAUGCUGAAGAUUCUUCAAGAUUUUGUUUUCUUCUUUCUACAAGAGCUGGGGGAUUAGGGAUAAACCUUACUACAGCGGACACAGUCAUUAUAUAUGACAGUGAUUGGAAUCCUCAUGCUGAUUUGCAAGCCAUGGCCCGGUCGCACCGCCAUGGACAAAAAAAGAAGGUGAUGAUUUAUAGGCUCAUAACAAGAGGAACAAUUGAAGAAAGGAUGAUUCAAAUGACAAAGAAGAAAAUGGUGUUAGAACACCUUGUUGUAGGGAGGCUACAGGCUGAAAACAUUAAGCAGGAAGAGUUAGAUGAUAUCGUAAGGUAUGGCGCAGAGGAGUUAUUUGCUGAUGAAAAUGAUGAGGCAAGCAAGUCUCGUCAAAUUCAUUAUGAUGAUGAUGCUAUAGACAGAUUGCUGGAUCGUGAUGGAGUUGGAGGUGAAGAUGCUGGUUUGGAUGGUGAAGAUGAAGAUGGAUUUCUGAAGGCUUUUAAGGUGGCAAAUUUCGAAUACAUAGACGAAGUUAAGCCAGCAGAGGAGGUGGCACAAAAAGAAUCAAAGGAGAAUCAAUUCUCUGCUGCCAAUUUGAAGAAAUCAGCUUACUGGGAUGGCUUGUUGAAAAAAGGAUACGAACAGUGUAGAGUAGAGGAUCUAAAUGCCUUAGGCAAAGGGAAGCGAACCCGCACCAAAUGGCUGGGGGAAGGUUGUAGUAAUUGGGGAGAUAUAAGCUCCGAUGGUGAAGAUUAUGAAGCGGAUCAUAGUGAAGAUGAUUCAAAUUCAUUUGAGACUCCUCCUACUAGAAGGUUGCAGAGAAAGAAAUUACGCGGAUUGUUAGUAGUGAUGGAAUUUCAAUAUCUGUCCUUGAUUGUGAUGUUAAUUUUCUUUUACUCAUUUACAGCAGAGAGCCCAGAGCCACUUCCUUUAAUGGAAGGUCAAGGAAAAUCGUUGAAAGUACUUGGUUUUAGUCAAAAUCAAAGGGCUGAUUUUCUUCAAAUUUUGAUGAGGUUUGGGGUUGGUGAUUAUGAUUGGAAAGAGUUUGCUUCCAGGAUGAAACACAAGAGUUAUGAAGAAAUCACGGAGUAUGGCAAACUUUUUUUGUCUCAUAUUGCAGAAGAUAUUACUGAUUCACCAACAUUCACAGAUGGCGUUCCAAAAGAAGGACUUCGAAUACAAGAUGUACUUGUAAGGAUUGCACUUUUGAAUUUGAUAUCAGAGAAAGUGAAGUUUGCAUCAGAAAAUCCUGGACUUGAUCUUUUUUCAGCUGAUAUCUUAAUACGCUACCCACGUUUGAAGGGUACAAAUUUCUGGAAGACGGAGCAUGAUUUAGUGCUGCUGCAGGCCGUGUUGAAGCAUGGCUAUGCAAGGUGGCAUGAUAUUAUUAAGGAUAAGGAUCUGAAGAUUGAGGAGGUCAUCUGUCAGGAGUUGAAUAUUCCAGUUGCAGAUGUAUCAGUUCAAGUACAGUCUGACUCACGAAAGCUCUAUGGUCCAAAUAUCACAAAUGUGGAGUCUAGCACGAGCUUCAAGAAAUCUAAGCAGAGUGAUUUGUGUGGUUCCAGUGAUCGUGGGAAGCAAACGCAGUCGCAUCGUAAAUCCGUCACGUGGGAUCAGAAUAAACAAAUCCAUAGAGCACAUAUUGAGUUUAUCAAGAAAAGGCUUCGUCUCUUGGAAACAGGUCUCACCGCUGAGUGCCAGAAUGAACGCUUAAGUGAUCUCAGAGCAAAUGAGGAAGAAAACAAACUAUUUAAAGGCAAGUCCACGCGUGUUAAUGUAAACAAAGUAUAUCGGUUUUGA